ACGUUAGUUGAAGCGGAAUGAAUUUCCAACAUCAAAAAGAAAUGAAAGACGACCCCCUAAAACUCGUGUACAUAGUCGGAUAUAAGAUUUUUCAGAACGAACACGUUAAGUUAAUAUUAAAACUUUUACUUUGCAUCAUGUCCCUGGUUUUACUCGUCCAGACUUGUUUGUUCGUGUCGUCACCAAAUUUUCUAAAACUAACUAAAUAUGGAUUAAACUUUUUCCAAAUGGCUUAUGCAGCGUUUGUAAUAUUCGUGCAUUUAUACAUAAAUAAGUGGAUUGACGACAUCAUGAGUUCUUUUCCACUUUGGGACAUCGACACAGCUGGCGAACAAAUCAAAAACAAAAUUAAAAAGGAAUCGAAAAUAAUUCAAACUUACGUCAUCUCGAACACUAUAUCGUGUCAAUUCUGGGUCAGUUUAAUGUUGUACUCCCAGUUGACUACCCUUCCACACAGAAAUGAUGGUCUAAAUGGAUGCUACUGUAUGUUAUCAUUAAUAGUUUACGUGAUAGAUUUUGCUAUGUUAGGCCACACAUAUCAAUUUCUGUACGUAACUCAGCAAGUGAAAUUUCAAAUGUAUUUAUUCAACAAGUACGUCGAGGAAGUUUGUCGUAUGGAUGAAGAAGAAACAGAGGAAGAAAAUUUAGUAGAUAAUCAAAGAUACCAAGAGGAAGUCAAACUCAGACUUACUCUACUCGUUAGAAGACAUUGUGAAUUUAAGAGAUGGAAAACUAUGUGUCUGCAUGUAAUACGCAGGUUUAUAAUACCAUUUAGUUUAGGGGCUGGCGUUCUUUUAUUUAUGGACCUGUAUGCUUUUUUGACUAGGGAACAGUUACCAUCCAUAGUUGUAUGGUGCAACGCUCUUUUUACCCUCCAAGCGACAUCCGCGUUUAUAUGUACAAUAACUGCAGGCGAAACUUUACAAGACGAAUCUGACAAAACGUUCACCACACUUAUGCUAACAAAGUGGUACAAUUUUAAUUGCAAAAAUAGAAAAUAUUUUCUACUGAUGUUGUGCAACAGUUUGAAACCUAUAAACCUUAACUUUUCAGCAGAAAUUGCCAUUAACUACAGUCUGGGAAUGGCUAUUGGCAAACUGGUAUACUUGGGAGUUUCAGUUUUCUUUUAAGAAUAAUCGUGACAGCUCGUGUUUG